AGAGAGAGAGAGAGAGAGAGAGAGAGAGAGAGCGGGCGCGCGAAGAGAGAGAGACUGACUUGGUUGCACAUUUGAGGCGCACAUAGGAGUGCGUAAAACGGCUGUGGGGCGCGUAAGAAACAACACUCGUGAUUGUAUGCUGAGUUUUCUUUUGGGGAUUUUUUUCCGACUGCGGGAAGCUGUUUUAUUAAAAGGGAGAGCGAAAGAGAGGGAUAGGGCAAGCCAUUUGAGUCCUCUUUUUUUUUUUUUUGAAUGGGCCGCACCGGGAAGGAAAGCUGCUCCUUGUCCGGGGGAAGCUGUCUGACUGGCGGCGUGGAAAUGCUCAGCUCGGACGAAGAGUGAACGAGACGCCUUGAAACGAGUAAAGCGAUUCUUUUCCCAAAGUUUUUAGCCUUUGUUAUUCACACACAUCCCAAAAAAAAGAAAGAAGAAAAAGAUGGAGGUUAGCAGCUUCCAGCCUCACCCUGGACUUCAGCAAACUCUGAAGCAGUUCCAUCUGAGCUCCAUGCGCUCCCUCAGCGGACCGGCGGCGUUCUCCGCCCGGUGGCACCACCAGGAGUCUCUGUUCAAGGACGCCAAAGCCGAGAUGGUGCUAAGCCUGCCGGCCCACACUCCCCCGGUCAUGUCCGGGCCGCUCUUCAUCCCGUCGGACCGCUCCACGGAGCGCUGCGAGACACUCCUGGAGCGCGAACCCAUCUCUUGCUUCGUGGUGGGCGGCGAGAAGCGCCUGUGCCUACCGCAGAUUCUCAACAGCGUGCUACGGGACUUUUCCCUGCAGCAGAUCAACUCGGUGUGCGACGAUUUGCACAUUUAUUGCUCGCGUUGCACUGCCGACCAGCUGGAGAUCCUCAAGGUGGUGGGCAUCCUGCCCUUCUCGGCGCCCUCCUGCGGCCUCAUCACGCAGACGGACGCCGAGCGCCUGUGCAACGCGCUCAUCUACGGCGGGUCGUACCCGCCGCGCCGCGGCGGAGGAAGCAAGGAGCGCGGCGGCGGCGGAGGAGGAGGAGGCGGCGGCGGCGGAGGCGGCGUCCUUCUGGAGCUGGAGCGCACCGAGGCCAGCUUCCGGGUAUACCACGAGUGCUUCGGCCGAUGCAAGGGCUUGUUUGUGCCGGAGCUCUACUCUGGCCCCGGAGCCGCCUGCGUGCAGUGCCUCGAUUGCAGGCUCAUGUUCCCGCCGCGGAAGUUCGUGGUGCACAGCCACAAGCGGCUGGAGAACCGGACCGUGCACUGGGGCUUCGACUCGGCCAACUGGAGGGCCUACGUGCUCCUGGACCCGGACUACAGCGGCAAAGAGGAGAAGGCGAACCUGGAGAGGCUGCUCAGGGACUUAAAGGGGAAAUAUGACUUGAGCGGCAAGAUGGCCAGGAAGUCGUGCAGAUCGCCAAGCCCUGUCAUAGCCAAGCAGCCCAAACUGGAAAAAUUGCCAUCUCCAUCAGCUGACGACGAACACAAAACCGAGUGGCUGCAGUCAUUGUCCAAGUCCAGACACAAGGACCUGAAGCAAAUCCAGCUCAAGCAGAGACCUUCGGCAUUCCGGCCUUGGUCUCCAAAAGGAUCAGAUCGGGAGAAACCACCAACUCAAUGUGAGCCGCAGAGUUCCACUUUAAAGAGUCAGGAGACUUUGACACAAGCUCCUUCAACCCCUCUGGUGCAUCCGGGAGACAACCAUGCUCCCGCCAGCUGCACACCAAACAUCCAAGAACUGCAGAAUGGCAACGCGCAGCCCACAGCGCCGCACCUCGAUAACAUAGACACGGACAAGGAGAUCAAUGUGGACGACUAUGAUGAUCGUCCACUGCGGGUAUCCGCCCUGGCUUCACCCCCCUCAGCCUGCAGCAGCGCCCCUCAAACUUUGACCCCCCAGACUAGAGAAACCUAUCUGCCUCAGGAGGCGUCGACCUGGCUGUCAGGGCCCGUCUGCCCCGAGAUGGACGCUCUGAGACAGACGCUCUACGCUGGUGUGGAAACUAAAGAGGAUCGAGAGAAAUUCCUGCAGGAGGUGAUCAAGAUGAGGCUGAAGCAAGAGGAGAAGCUGGCAGCCGCCGUACAGGCUAAACGCAACCUUCAGCAGGAGUUGGAGUUUGUGAAGGUGGCCAAGAAAGGCCGCAUCCGCGAGGCCGUGGAGGCCAAGAGGAACCUGCGCAAGGAGAUUGAACGCCUCCGCGUGGAUUGGGAGAGGAAGUCCAGAGAGGCGGAGGAGGUGUGCGGCCGGCUCAAGGGGGAACUGGAGCACAAGAGACAGCAGCGAGCAUGCGACAAAGGAUGCGAGGCCGAGCGACUCCGUGUCAAAUACUCCGCCCAGAUCGACGAGCUGCACUCUCAGCUCCAGCAGGCCGAAGCAGACCGUGAGCAGCUGCGACGGGAGCUGCAGCAGGAACGCGAGGCACGGCAGAGCCUGGAGAACGUUGUCCGAGACUUGCAGUCCCAGCUGGCCGCGGCGCAGGACACGACGCCACACAGCCCUCCGACCUAAAGUGGAGCCAAGAAAAGACACAUUCAAAAAAAAAAAAGUACUAUUAUGUAUGUAUGAUGAAUCCAUAGGAUGGUGAGUUUUUAGGAAAUGAAAACUGGAUGAGGAAGCAUGAUGUCCACUUCUCCAUCAGUGACUGUUUUUGCUAUAAGCUAAUUGGAGAGAGGCCGCAUCUCACUUACUUGAAAAUGAAGGGAAUGGUCACACAGUCAACUAUGGUGCCACAAAAGUAUUGGUACACUCUUAGGUGUCUCUGCAGACCACUGGACCCAAGAGACGCCUGUUUACCACUAUUCACUUUUAAUAUCAGCUUGAUUUUUUAUAUAUAUAUAUAUAUAUAUAUAUAUAAAAUGUAACAUUAUACAUCUAUGACUAGAAGAGUGUAGAGGGUGUACUGUUAACGAUAUAUUGCUUGUUUAUUCCAUAGUCAAGAAAAGCAACCACAUACCAAUGUGUACACAUUAAAAACUGAAGUAUUGGAUGGGCUAUAUAUAUAUAUAUAUAUAUAUAUAUAUAGGGUAUAUAUGUGUGUGUGAUUGUGAAUAUCUUCUUGUACAUUCUUAUUUUUCAAAAUAUGCUCUUCUAUCAGCAAAUAACGCUCUCCUAAAAGACACAAAAAAAAAGAGAAAUAGCUGUGUUUGUUGCUUUUGUUGGAAUGUGGUACUUCUGUUUGUUUUGUAUUUAGUACUGUAAUUACCUUUUUGGGUUCAUUUAAAAGCAUUCAUUUUUAGGGCUCUUAAAUCAACAAAUAGCGUUUAUAUGAACAGCAUUUCUACAUAUAUAAAAUGCAAAAUGAGCAUAUAUUUUUUUACUGUAGGAAAAAAAAA